GGUGACGGCCGCUGCCCCGCGAGAUACCCCCAGAGAGGCGUGUGUCGCAGCCACUUUUGCUCUGUCGGUUUGAAAUCCCUACAUCAUGGCGGCGGCUACUGGCGCGGGCGGGGGCGCUGUCAGUACCGCUGCCGCGGCUUCGGGCUCGGAUAGCUGUAGCGAGGACGCGUCGGGCGGAGUAGGGGAAGAAGCGGGAGGCCUGGAGAAGGACGACGUCAUGCGGGCGGCCGAGGCUGUGGGGGAGAGCGAGGAAGACGAAGAGGAUGUGUUCGAGGUGGAGAAGAUCCUGGACGUGAAGACCGAGGCGGGUAAAAUUCUUUACAAAGUUCGAUGGAAAGGAUAUACUUCCGAUGAUGACACUUGGGAGCCGGAAGUUCAUCUUGAGGACUGCAAAGAAGUUCUUCUUGAAUUUAGGAAAAAAAUUGUGGAUAACAAAACUAAACCUGUUAAGAAGGAUAUACAGAGACUAGUUUUGAAUGAUGAUGACAUAUUUGAGGCAGAAUCUGACAGCGAUUGGCAAAGUGAAACAAAAGAGGACAUUUCCCCCAAGAAAAAGAAGAAGAAGUCAAGACACAGAGAAGACAAAAGUCCUGAUGAUUUGAAAAAGAGAAAAUGGAAAUCUGGUAAACUAAAAGAUAAGUCUAAAACACAAUUGGAAAAUUCUUCAGAAAAAUUGGUCUUUGAUUCAAAGUCCAAGAAAAGGAUUUUGGAAUCCAAAGAAGAUUCAAAGGAGUACAAAAAGACCAAAAAAGAUGAUUUAAAAGAAACAAAGAAAGUAAAAAGGGGUGAAAUUAAAGACUCAAGGGGGAAAGUAAGAGACGAUUUUAAAGAAAGCAAAAAAAAGAGAGAGAAGCUUAAUGAAUCUCUGUUAGAAUCUGAAUCAAGUACAUUUGAUGAUUCACUUUCUCAGUUGGCUGAUGAUGACAGUGAAGAUUUACCUUCUGAUAACAGAGGAGAGAAACAAAAAUUUAAAAGUGGAAAAGAUAAUUUAGAACAUGACAUAAUUCAAGAAGUGAUUUCUGAUAAACAACCAGAUGAUACAGGAAGUGCUGAAGAAGAUGUUGAUGUUAGAACAAAAAAGAAAAAAAAGAAAUUAAAGAAAGUUGAGGAAUAUAAAGAAGAAAUUAGAAAAGUAGAAAAUAAGGACCCAUACUCAGAGAAGAAAAUUUUAUACAAAAAGCAAAAGAAUCAAGAAAAAGUCAAAGGUUCUGUAGAGGUAGAUAAAUUAAUACCUACUGCUGCUCAAAUUCAGAAGAGCACAAAACUGGGUAGUGAAGAACGAGGUCGAAGGUCUACUGAUUCAGUUGGGGAGGAGAAAGAAACACGGAAAAAUGAAGUAAAAGAAAAAUAUCAGAAAAGGUAUGAUUCUGACAAGGAAGAAAGGGGGAAAAAAGAGCAAAAGGGAAUAAAGACAUCUAAAGAAAUGAGGAAUGCAUUUGAUUUAUUUACAUUAACACCGGAAGAAAAAAAUGACUAUUCAGAGAAUAAUCGGAAAAGAGAAGAAACAUUUACUGAAGACUAUAGAACUAAGGAAAAUAAGCAAUUAUACAAGGAGAGAAGAAGUACAAGGGAUGAGACUGAUACAUGGGCUUACAUAGCUGCAGAAGGUGAUCAAGAGGUACUAGACAAUGUGUGUCAAAUGGAUGAAAAUUCUGACAGGCAGCAAGUUUUGAGUUUGGGAAUGGAUUUGCAGUUGGAAUGGAUGAAAUUAGAAGAUUUUCAAAAGCAUCUUAAUGGAGAAGAUGAGAAUUUUACAACAGCGGAUGCUAUACCAAGUAAUUUACUGAGGGAUGCAGUGAAAAAUGGAGAUUAUGUUACGGUGAAAAUUGCACUUAAUUCAAAUGAGGACUACAAUUUGGACCAAGAGGACUCUAGUGGAAUGACACUGGUGAUGCUUGCAGCAGCAGGAGGACAAGAUGACCUACUCAGGCUCCUUAUCAAGAAAGGAGCUAAAGUUAAUGGUAGACAAAAAAAUGGAACCACUGCUCUCAUUCAUGCAGCUGAGAAGAACUUUCUAACUACAGUGGCUAUUCUUUUGGAGGCUGGAGCUUUUGUGAAUGUUCAGCAGAGUAAUGGAGAAACUGCUUUAAUGAAGGCUUGUAAAAGAGGAAACUCGGAUAUUGUAAGGCUUGUGAUUGAAUGUGGAGCAGAUUGUAAUAUUUUGUCAAAACAUCAGAAUAGUGCUUUGCAUUUUGCUAAGCAGUGUAAUAAUGUAUUGGUAUAUGACCUGCUGAAGAGUCACUUAGAAACACUCUCAAGAGUGGCAGAAGAAACCAUAAGGGACUACUUUGAAGCCCGGCUCGCCCUCCUAGAGCCCGUGUUUCCAAUAGCGUGUCACCGCCUUUGUGAGGGUCCAGACUUUUCAACCGAUUUCAAUUACAAACCACCACAGAACAUACCAGAAGGCUCUGGAAUUCUCCUGUUUAUAUUCCAUGCAAACUUUUUUGGUAAGGAAGUCAUUGCUCGACUUUGCGGACCAUGUAGUGUACAAGCUGUAGUUUUGAAUGACAAAUUUCAACUUCCUGUAUUUCUGGAUAGCCAUUUUGUUUAUUCCUUCAGUCCUGUUGCAGGCCUCAAUAAACUUUUUAUACGCCUGACAGAAGCACCUUCUGCCAAGGUAAAAUUGCUUAUAGGUGCAUACAGAGUGCAAUUGCAGUGACCAAAAAAAGGCAGCUAUAAGGAUCAUGACGAAGUUAUUUUUGAACCUGACACUGGUUACUUCAGUCUGAUAAAGCAGUUUGGAAUACUUACUUCUGGCACAUCAACACUUUCAAAACAAUAUUCUACUACCUUUCUUUUAAAAGUUUUUUUUCUGCAACAGCUUGCUGAUUAUUACCUGUCAUCUGGUAUGUUCACUAUGGGGGGUGAGGGGUGGAGUGGGGAAUGACACGGUUAUCUGAUAUUUUGUACAAUAUAGAUGUAAGUAUUUGUGCCAGUACCUUAAAUAUUGAUUUCCUUUGUUAUAUCCAGACUGCAUAUUUUAGCUUUUCCACAAUGUGGAGUGGUGCAUAUAAGAAUUAUUUAAAUUAGAUGAAAGAUUUUUUUUAAUCCUGAAAUUUUCUACUAGUCUUAAUGUUUCUAUGUUUAAAAAUGAAGUGUAAACCUGUCACAUGCAUAAACUUAGGGAAGUGUGUCACAUUUGAAAGUUACUGCUUCUCUUUUGAUGGCUAGACUCUAAGUCACUGAAGAUCUAAAUACAAAUUGGACCUGUUAUCUUAGGUGUUUCUCUAGGCAGAGUGGUAGGCAUGUUUAAAAACAGGUCAUAUUCUAAAUUUAUUUAGAAAGCAUGGAAAAAAUUAGCUGGGCUUAGCUGAUUCAGGUUACUCUGUUAUAACAUCAUAAGCAUAAAGGAUAUAGUGAAGAUUAAUUCCAUAAAUUUAAAGUUAUGCUUUAUUCAUAGUAAUGUAUUGAAAGAUAUUUAGAUGAUACAUUGGGAUGCUUAUAGACAAACCAAGAAUAGUAUUGACCAGAUUUGGGGUAUUAUGAACCUUUUAAAGGGAUAUAAUUUAGCUCUGUGUUUCAAACACUUAGGUAACUUGUUACCUAUCUUUGUUCAAAUACUUUAAUCAGAAAAUUUUUUAAAUUCAAUUGGAAACAUUUUAAAAUCCCAACUGUGCCUUGCUGUUCUGGUUGUUCCAUGGAAUUUAGAUACCACAAUGUGCCUCUAUGCUUAGCAGAACUAUAGUGAACAAAUACUGCUUAAUGCUCACUGUUAAAAUGGUGUGAUUAUAUUAUAAAAUACCCUUUUAAGAGCUGAUGUUUUGCAACUACUAAUAAAUCUAUUUCAUUUUAA